UGUGACUUCUGCUAGGGGAACGUAGCGCCUCCCCCGGACCCUGUCGCUUCAUUUAGAACAGGAAAAUAAAGAUAUUUUAUAGCAGAAUAAAUUAUUUAUUUACUGGGGUGACCGAAGCAUCACUGUAUGGUCUUGAAAUCAUUUAUGAACACAAAACGCAGACAAUAGUUGUAAAAUAAAGAUACAUUAAAGCAGCAUAACUUAUCAAUUUUUCGGGGUACUCGAAGCAUUACUGUAUGGACUUAAUAUCAUUUAUGAAAGAACAUAACGUAGAAAAUAGUUGUAAAGAAGGCAAAAAGCCUAUUGGAGUUCUUUGAAUUGAAGAAGAUGGGAACCACUAACUUUGUGGGCAUCGGCUGAUUGAAACGUGGACAGAAUCUCUCCAUUCCUGAAGCGUGCAUUCUCGAACAAGGCAUUACUCGCCGGAACGUUGCUCCAUGAUUUAUGAAGGCCUCGCUUAUAAGUUCUCGCAUUUCUUCCACACUUCGAAGUUAUUUGCCCGUAUUAAGGUUCUGAACACAUUUUGAGAAGGUACGAUUUGUUGAUUAUUUUGGCCAUGGGCCGCAGUUACUGUAUCCUAAUUGAAAUCAAUUUGUCAAUGAAAGCUCAUAGCCUGAAAGAUCUUAUAAAUUCUUCUAGCCCAACGAAUUUAAUGUCAUUCAACAAAAACAGCUGUGCUGCGAGAAUUAAUUUCCUCACUAUCUUUCAUAAAAAAAAAAAAACAAAAUAAGUCAAUUGUCCUAUAAAUUCGCAUGAGCAGGCUUUUAUAUCCUUGAAUUGCUUGAUUGUCACAAGAAUAUUCGGUUUACAUGGCAGCUGCCAAACCUAAACUCAUCGUCUUCGACUUAGACUACACGCUGUGGCCGUAUUGGUGCGACACGCACAUAGAUCCACCCUUCUCGAAGAACAGCAAGGGUGAGGUGCGGGACGCGAGGGGCCAGCUUGUGAAGCAUUACCCUGAGGUGCCGGAGGUGCUGGAGGACCUGCACGCUCAGGGCUACCUGCUGGGGGUGGCCUCUAGGACUGGGGAGGUGCAGGGAGCUAAUCAGCUCAUUAGGCUCUUCGGCUGGGACAAGUUCUUCUCUUAUAAGGAGAUAUAUCCGGGCUGCAAGAUCAAUCAUUUCAAGAAACUGAGAAAUAACUCUGGCUUGAAUUACGACGAGAUGUUGUUUUUCGAUGAUGAACCGCGCAACGGGUACGACAUGAAGAAAAUCGGCGUCCUGAUGAUACGAAUUGAUGAACACGUCGGUGUCAACAAAGCUGUUGUGCAAAAAGGCCUGCAGGAGUUCGCUCUAAGGGCUGCCAAAAAUUGAUAACAGCUUCUUCGUAGUGAUAACAUCUGCAUAAAAUAUUGUAUCGCUGUAAUAUCCUUUUAAAUGACGUGAUUGUUACCAAAGCUACAUGAAUAUUGGCGUUAAUAGCCAAGUAGUAUAUAUAUUAAUAAAAAUGUUUAUUGGAAAUUCUAUCUAUAUGUAUGCGCGACUAGAUAAAAAGAGUGAUUAUGAUACAAGUAUUACAAAUUGUCCUGGGCAACGAGCGUGGUCAUAGUAAUUUUCAAAAUCUAAAUAAAAAAAUCCGAAAACAAAGAAAUGUAACAAAAAUCAAAAUAUGAUUAAACAAAGGCCUGACAUUAUGUGUAUUGACUUUGAUGAAUUGUAGAGGCUGGAAAAUGCGCGCUAUGCACAUGUCCACAUUAUGAGAUUGAGCAACCAAAGCUUAACAUUCUUGCAGGUAUUAAUGUAAUGAAUAGAACGUUUAUUGUGAACGCAGCCACUUAUCUUAAAACGUAGAACAUUUUCAUUGAAUAAACGGACAGAUUUUAUUCUUUAAAUGUAGAUUUGUAUUCGAUUCAUUGCUGUUAUUUUUUGUUUGUUUACAUCAAAGAUGUUCCUUGCAUGGUUGAACUGAAACUAAUACAAAAUAAUCCUUGUAUUAAUUCAACCAUGGUUCCUUGUAGCUCCAAACUCGGCCCAGGAGUUGUAUUGUGAAUAACAAGUGGGAAUCUG